CACGCUUUCGUCAUCCCAAGCGGCGGAUGCGCUUCAGACUUUUGAAGCUCCACUGUUCCUGUCUGCCACCUUUCCUCCACGACAGAUCCUCCCCCGGAAAAAUAUCAAUCCAUCAACUCCAUGCUCACCAUGCAAUUCUAAACACUUCCCGAGAUAUGUGAAGGCUUGAGCCUCAGCACGUCUUACUAGUAUUAUUUUUUGAACACACAUUUGUAUAAUACUCCAACAGCGCCUGGAGCGGUUACGCCUCCAGAGACACUUGGAUCCGUCUACACAUCAUCACCAUGGCUGCCCGACGAGGAAGCCGUUUUAUCAAGCCAUUACUCUACACAGCGGGAGCUGGAGCAGUGGGCGCGGGAGCCCUCUAUGUCAGCCUCAGACCUCGCGAUAUCCCCGGCAGCGAAGCCGCCGCAGUUCCUCCACCCACCUACGGUGAGGGAGGCAUUUUCCGCCCACCACAAUUUCCCAGUGCCAAAAGCCGCGACGAACAGAUUGCACAGCUGAAGCGCAGCGCUGGUGUCGUCUCGCAGGUUGCUGAGAAGGCAAGGAGAUGGAUCGGUGGUAGCUCAACGCCUGAGAAAGUGGAGGAGGACCCAUACGACCUCCUGAUUAUCGGCGGUGGCGCAACAGGAGCAGGUAUUGCUCUUGACGCCGUUACAAGAGGCCUCAAGGUUGCGCUCGUCGAGCGUGACGACUUUAGCAGUGGUACGAGCAGUAAAAGUACCAAACUGGUACACGGCGGUGUACGAUAUCUUGAAAAGGCCGUUUGGAAUCUCGACUACAACCAAUACGCGCUUGUUGUCGAAGCUCUCCGCGAACGUCGUUACUUCUUGGAUACAGCACCCCAUCUCUCACAAUGGCUCCCUAUCAUGAUUCCCAUCCAGAAGUGGUGGCAAGCGCCUUACUUCUGGGCUGGCACCAAGUUCUAUGAUUUCCUCGCUGGAUCAGAGAACAUUGAGUCUUCCUACUACAUGACAAAGAGCAAGGCCUUGGACGUAUUCCCUAUGCUAAAGAAGGAGGGCCUUAUCGGGGCUCUGGUAUACUACGAUGGUGCACACAACGAUUCCCGCAUGAACGUCUCGCUUGCUAUGACUGCAGCACUUUAUGGCGCUACUGUUGUCAACCAUCUCGAAGUUACUGGCCUUGAGAAAGAUGCCAAUGGCCGUCUGUGCGGUGCAAAAGCAAAGGAUCUCAUUGAGGAGAGCAAUGGUAAGAAACCUCAAGAGUUCUCUAUCAAGGCCAAGGGUGUGAUCAACGCCACUGGUCCUUUCACUGAUUCUAUCCGCAAAAUGGACGACCAGGAGGUGCCAGAAAUCGUUGCUCCCAGCUCUGGUGUCCACGUCAUUCUCCCUGGUUACUACAGCCCUGCAAACAUGGGUCUCAUUGACCCCAACACUUCUGAUGGCCGUGUCGUCUUCUUCUUGCCAUGGCAAGGCAAUACGAUUGCCGGUACCACAGACACUGCUUGUGAUAUCAAGCAGAACCCCAUUGCUGGUGAAGAAGAGAUUGACUGGAUUCUCAACGAGGUCAAGCGUUACCUACAGCCUGAAAUCAACGUUCGCCGUGGUGAUGUCCUUGCUGCUUGGUCUGGUAUCCGUCCUUUGGUCCGCGACCCCAAGGCGAGUGCGACUGAAGGCCUUGUCCGCAACCACUUGGUCACCACCUCUCCCUCUGGCCUGUUGACUUGCUCGGGUGGAAAGUGGACGACUUACCGCCAGAUGGCCGAGGAGACCGUCGACGAGGCGAUCAAGGAAUUCGGCCUGGCAACAAAGCCAUUGGACAAUCCCACUCUUAUCAGCGGAACCCAGGUCAAGGACGAGGCUCCUCUCGAUGGUACCUGCCAGACCCACCGUGUCCGCCUCGUUGGUGCUCACGGUUUCUCCAAGACUCUCUUCAUCAACUUGAUCCAGCACUACGGCAUCGAGACCGAUGUAGCCAAGUACUUGUGCCAGGCCUAUGGUGACCGUGCCUGGACCGUUGCAUCUCUCUCAGCGCCCACUGAGCAGCGAUUCCCUGUCCGUGGAAUCAAGAUGUCCGAGCUUUAUCCGUACAUUGAUGGUGAGGUUCGCUACUGCGUCCGCCACGAGUACGCUCAGACUGCCACUGACGUAAUUGCCCGCCGCAUGCGUCUUGCCUUCCUGAACGCCCAAGCCGCUCUGGAGGCCCUUCCCAAGGUCAUUGAUAUUAUGGGCGAGGAGCUGAAGUGGGACAACAAGCGCAAGGAAGUUGAGUGGAACAAUGGUGUCACUUUCCUCGGCUCCAUGGGUCUUCCCAAGAGCAAGCUUUCUCUCACUCGUAAAGAGGUCGAGAGCGGUGCCGUAGGCAAAUAUGCCGAUGAGGAGCAUCACCUCUACGCACGACAUGAUAAACCCAGCGAGCCUCUCCCGUCCGACAGCAAGUUCAAGCCUGGCGAGAACCCCGUUGUCAAGCGCGAAUCUCAGGUUAACAAAUAAGUUCCUUGGCAUCUUCGACGUAUCCUUUCAACGAGACCUGUGAUAUCACAUUCGUACAUCGCUUCUAUAUUUUUAUCAUCCUAAUCGGCGUGCGCGGCGUACUUGAGUCGGCAUCCGUUUUGCUGGCGCUUGAUACCAUCCGUAUGACUGGCUUCCUUUUCCCGUCGCGCUCUGUACAUCAAUCAUGUAGCUAGACUAGCGCGUCGCCCGAAAGAAAUCAGUAAACAUUGUUUCGCUCUGGACGUCUUGGCUUUGUUGAAUAUAUGCACAUUUGAGUCACCAUUUUCUGUAGACGUGUUCACCGCCAGUACUGUAUUUAGUGUGCAGUGCUUGGAGGGCUCCACAUUAAGAUGCAAGAGUAAACCCACC